CCGCCUCCUGCUUUUUUAUUUUGAACAGACUGAGCGGAGGUCCUGCUUUUCUGUUCCUCUGUCAGGCUUGACGGCGGCGGUGGAGGGGACGGAGGGAGAGCAGGCGGAGAGAGGAGAAAGCAGCGGCGGAGCUUCACCUUCUGAAACAAACAGGAAGCCAGACCGCGCUCCUGUCCACCUGCGAGGUUAGUCCUGCGUAGGGAGACAGUCGGGCUGCGGGUCCUAUCUGUCGCACACCUUCUUUCUUUUUCACGUGAAACUACUCUGCCGCGAAGACGUAGCAGCAACAUUAACUUUCAGCUGUGUGUUCGCCCGGUACACGCUUCAACGACCCCGCACCACAGCGACUAAAGAUGCAGUGUCCCAGCCGCUAUCCAGACACCCCCAGCAAGGCACAGAGGCUCAGGAAAUAAGAGACUUUAGGAAACAGCAGGUCCUUAUGGUUGAGGUGGUGAGUGGUGCCCCUUGCCAUGCCUCCUGCCAUGACAGACCUCCUGGACAUAUGGGCGGCCCACUCACCCCUGGCGGGCCACGCUCUGGACCAGAUCACUGUGGAUUUUCUGCUGCCCACUGGAAUCUACAUCCAGAUGGAUGUCCCACGCGAGGCCACCAUUCAGCACAUCAAACUGCUCUUAUGGAAGCAGGCUCAGUCGUUCCCACUGUUUCCCGCCCUGGGCGAGAUGGAGAGCCACAUGUUCGAGUGUGUCAACCAGGCUGCCGUGCACGAAGAACUGGAGGACGAAACUCGCCGGCUGUGCGACAUUCGCCCUUUCCUACCAGUCCUCAAGUUGGUGACGCGCAACUGUGGCCGUGCAGAGCGCCUGCUGGACUCCAAAAUCGGCGUGCUCAUCGGCAAGGGUCUCCAUGAGCUCGACGCCAUAAAUGACCAGGAGGUGAAGGACUUUCGCGCUAAGAUGUUUCGUAUGAGUGAAGAAAGGAUGCAAAGAGUCCAGAUGAUGACGUGCACAGAGUGGCUGCAGGCCUGUUUCUCCCCACAGCUGGAGCCCGCAGCUGGACCAGCCAUAUCUGACGGUGUCAAUGACCGACAGGCCGACCUGAAAGUCACUAUUCACUUCAACCAGUCUCAGGACUCAGCCAGUCUGAAGGUGCCAUCGUCCUGCACCCCCACGGAGCUGAUGGAGAUGGCCAUGAGAAAGUGGCUGACCACCCACGGGCCCGAGAAGGAGCCGUGGAGGGGUCAGUACGUACUGAGGGCUAGCCACUGCCUGGAGUUCCUGUGCGGAGACCAUCCCCUGAGUCAGUACAAGUACAUCCGCACAUGCAUUCAAGCCAAGGAGUCUCCACACCUCACCCUGGUCCCCACCAGCACCGUCAAGGACAUGUUUGACAAGGAAAUAUCUGCAAUCGGAGCUGUAGUUUCCCGCAAAUCCUCCAACCCACCUUUACCACUACCUCCCAAGAGAAGGGUGCCCACGCAAGUACAGACGUGUGUGUGGGACGUGUCUAGCUCGUUUAAGAUAGUCCUAGUGAAUGGCAGCAAGGUGAACGCAGAGGAAACUGCCAAGGUCCAGGUGAGGGCGGGUCUCUUCCACGGCACAGAGCUGCUGUGCAAGCCGGCGGUAAGCAGCGAGAGCAGCGGACGCUCGGACCACACAUGGAAAGACAGCACGCUGGAGUUUGACCUCUCCGUCUGCGACCUGCCGCGCAUGACCCGCCUCUGCUUUGCCAUCUACGCCGUCAUGGAUAAAGUCAAGAAGCAGAAGUCCACCAAAAACGCUCACAUAAACAAGUACCAGACCAUCCGCAAAGCAGGGAAAGUGCACUACCCCAUAGCUUGGGUCAACACCAUGGUGUUUGACUACAAAGGCCAACUGAAGACUGGAGACAUCAUCCUGCACUGCUGGUCUUCUUUUCCUGAUGAACUUGAAGAGAUGCUGAACCCCAUUGGAACCAUUCAGACCAACCCAUACACCGAGAACGCUACAGCACUGCACAUCCAUUUCCCAGAGUACUCGUCACACUCCAUCAUCUUCCCUCCUUUCGACAAGAUACUGGAAAAAGCUGCAGAGAUCGCCAGAGCAAGUGACUGCGCGCCCAUGGGUCGUGGGGGUAAGAAGUUCCACAUCGAGCUGAAGGAGAUCAUGGAGCGUGACGCACUCUCUCAGCUGUGUGAGAACGAGAAGGAUUUGAUCUGGACACUACGCUACGACUGUAGAGAGAACUUCCCCCAGUCGCUGCCCAAGCUGCUACUUUCCGUCAAGUGGAGUAAACACGAGGACAUGGCCCAGCUCCAGGCACUGCUUCAGAUCUGGCCCAAACUGAGUCCCAGAGACGCUCUGGAGCUUCUGGAUUUCAACUACCCUGACCAGUAUGUCAGAGAAUAUGCUGUGGGCUGUCUGCGUGAUAUGAGCAACGAGGAGCUGUCGCAGUAUUUGCUACAGUUGGUGCAGGUGUUGCGUUAUGAGCCCUACUAUGACUGCGCCCUAACUCACUUCCUGCUGGAACGUGCCCAGCGCAACCGCAAGAUAGGACACUUCCUCUUCUGGCACCUACGGUCAGAGAUCCACAUGCCUGCUGUUUCAGUCCAGUUUGCCCUCAUCCUUGAAGCCUACUGCAGAGGCAGCAUCCCUCAUAUUGAGGUUUUAAAGAAGCAGGUGGAAGCCCUGAGUAAGCUGAAGUCAGUGAAUGAGCUCAUUAAGCUGGGAACCAUCAAGAACGCCCGGAGUAAGACCAAGGAGGCGAUGUUGACCAAGGAGGCCAUGAUGACUUGUCUGAGGCAGAGCGGCUACUCCGAGACUCUGUCAGACCUGCACUCCCCUCUAAACCCCAACGUCCUGUUGUCUGGCAUCAAUGUGGAGAAGUGUCGGUACAUGGACUCUAAGAUGAAGCCACUGUGGAUUGUUUACAACAACAAGCUUCUGGGGGGAGACACUCUGGGAAUCAUCUUCAAGAAUGGAGACGACCUAAGGCAAGACAUGUUGACCCUCCAGAUUUUGAGGUUAAUGGAUCUGCUAUGGAAGGAGGCUAGUCUGGACCUCAGAAUUGUACCAUACGGUUGCCUAGCGACAGGUGACCGAGCAGGGCUGAUCGAGGUAGUCUCCUCAGCAGACACGAUCGCCAACAUCCAGUUGACCAGCAGCAAUGUGGCAGCAGCCGCCGCUUUCAACAAGGAUGCUUUGCUGAACUGGCUUAAAGAGAGGAACUCUGGCGACGCUCUCGAUCGAGCCAUCGAGGAGUUUACUCUGUCAUGUGCAGGCUACUGUGUAGCCACCUACGUCCUGGGCAUUGGAGACCGCCACAGUGAUAACAUCAUGGUCCGCAGCACCGGACAGCUCUUCCACAUAGACUUUGGCCACAUCCUGGGCAACUUCAAGUCCAAGUUCGGCAUCAAGAGGGAGCGUGUACCUUUCAUCCUCACGCACGACUUCAUCCAUGUCAUACAGCAGGGCAAGACGGGAUACACAGAAAAGUUUGGCAGUUUCCGUCAGUACUGUGAGGAUGCCUAUCUGAUCCUGAGAAGGAACGGGAACCUCUUCAUCACACUGUUUGCCCUCAUGCUGACUGCUGGACUACCCGAGCUCACCUCAGUCAAAGACAUCCAGUACUUAAAGGACUCUCUGGCUCUGGGUAAAACAGACGAGGAGGCGCUGAAGCAGUUCCGCCAGAAGUUCGAUGAGGCCCUGAGAGAGAGCUGGACAACCAAAGUCAACUGGAUGGCACACAAUGUGGCCAAAGACAACCGCUCCUAGAGCAGCUGAGACCCCUCAAAGGCCAGGGGUCAGGCGCCACGAGGACACAGUGAAGGAGUGUGCAAUUGUGCGGGAGAGGGGGAAGGUGUGCCAAAGAGCCACCUGUGGUUUAAAGAAGGGAAUCUAGCAGAAUAUCCCAAACCUGAGCAGAUUCACCCCCCACAUACUGUACAUACAGAGGAAACCUACUCUCUGAAACAAAGCCUGCACCUUUACUUCUGUAUCCCUCCUCGCCCUGCAUCACUCUGGCAUGGUGCCUCCUGAAAAAAAUCCAAAUUCACGGUCUUGUGACAUUUCUGUGGAAUCAUGGUGGGUAAAGUCAUUGCAAGUUUUGCACAUGCACAACAGCUGACGGAGCACACAGCCAAAGGAAGGGAACUGAAGCACCCACACUGGAGAUGAGCUGCCCCACAGAGCAGGCUGAUAAACUUCAUGUGUUGUGAGUGGUUAAACUUCAUCAGACAGACUUGAGACUCGGCUCGUAUGGACUCUGAAGGGGGCCGUGGUUUGACCACACCCCAGAACUGUUCUAAGUACAGCAGAGAUAACAGAUGUGCGUGGAAAGGGUGGAAUCGAAAGGACAAAAGUAAAAAAACGUCUGACCCCCAUGUCUUAAAACAAUGUGCACAACGCCCACGGAAAGUGCAUCUUAACUGUCUUGCUCCCGCUGCCUCAAAGUGUGCCUCAAAACUGCGGGAAAGAUUGUAUUUUUUAUGAGUUUUUAUUUUUCUGUUGCCAUUUUAAGAGUUUAUGAUGAGACGUGUCUAUGUGCCAGACUACUUUACUAGUCCACAGAGAAAAGUUGUAUUUGGGAAAUAAUAAUGAAAGAGAAGGAUUGAUUAGACGCAAAGAUGCCCUGAGCCUUUUUGGUCCGCUGUUUGAAUCUCAUUUCUUUUGCACCGUUGAACACUGGAAUGUUUGCAGAAAGAUCUAUAUGAAUUUCAAGUAGUCUUUUAAUGAACUUAACACUCUUCAGUUUCCUUUAUUUUGAAAUGACAAUGUGCAUUGUUUCUUUCAAAAUUCCAAAAUCAAAAGCAUUAUUGGACAAAGUGUUAUCACCCGUCAGUCACUCGUCUUAAAGCCUAAAAAGGAUGUCAGCCUUGCUAUCAACCAUGACAAAUAAACUCUGAGGAAUAACUGAUGCUUAUAACACAUUAGGACCAAAACAGAAAGCAACAUUUUAGUAAUUUCAUUGUUCAUACUGUGUUUUUAAUUAUCUGUUUUCUGAAUUGAAUGUGAAAAUAUGUGCCGCUCUCUUUUUACAUGUAUUUGUUUUUAUACAAGCAGGUGUGGGUGGAGUUUGGGGGCCUGUGAGGGGGCGGGGGUUUAUCAGUAGGGACAUUACACUGCGAUGCAAAGCUAGUUUUGGACAUAAGGUGCUCCUCAAGCAUCUGCAUCUGUGUUUGAUUUUUGUGCAAUAUCCGAGUAUAUGAACCAUAUCCUAUUAUAUAAAACCUUAGGCCCGGGCCUAAGCCUAUAAUGGUUUUUCUCUGUUGGUUUAUGUGUGAUUCAGCUGUAUUUCGCACCACUAGCCUUCGAAAGUCUCAGACACUGGAUAUUGUCAAAUGAACAGGCUUUUAUUGUUUUGCUGGUUUUUGUUUUCAUAGGAGUUUUAUUAAAGUUAUUUUCCACCGCGCUGCA